AUGAGCAACCGAAGAGCAGACGAGCAUGCCAACGGCGCCGGAGGUUUGUUGUCGGCCGUCCUGGCGUCGUGCCGCGAUGCGAUCAUCGCCUGCUCUUCAGACGGCGUCGUCGAGGAGUGGAACCGGGGGGCGGAAGAGGUCUUCGGCAUCAGCCGCGACUCGGCUCUCGGCGAGUCGAUCACUCGAUUUAUCCCAGCCGAUCGCCGCGAUGAGAUCGACCGGCUCGUCAACGAGUCGAUGGCGGGUCGAGCCGUGGCUCACUACGAGACCCAGCGGCUGCGAUCUGGCGGGGAGAGCUUCCCGGCCGCUGUCUGCGGUUUUCCGCUGCGGGACGCGGCGGGGCAGGUCACCGGCUUUGCGACGAUCGAGCGCGACCUCACGGACCGUGUCCGCGGCGCCCAGGCUCUUCGUGAGGCACUGGCGGCUGCGGAAUCGGCGAGCCAGACCAAGAGUCGCUUCCUGGCGAACGUCAGCCAUGAGCUCCGGACGCCGAUGAACGCGAUCAUGGGGAUGACCUCCCUAGCGUUGGAAGAGCAGAUGCAGCCCGAGCUGCGCGACUGUCUGGAGACCAUCCGUGACUCGGCCGACACGAUGGUCAACCUCAUCAACGACGUUCUCGAUCUGUCGCGCUUCGAGUGUGAUGAGUUCGAGCUCGAGGAAGUCGAAUUCGAGUUCCGCGAUACCAUCGAGACGGCGAGCAAGGUGCUCGGCGCCGCGGCUCAUGCGAAAGGGAUCGAGCUGGUUUGCCGGAUCGCGCCGGACACUCCCGAGCUAGUGAUCGGCGACCCUGCCCGGAUGCGGCAGGUGCUCACCAACCUGAUCGGCAACGCGGUGAAGUUCACCUCGCAAGGCCAUGUCCUGGUCGAGGUGAGCCCGCUGGUGACGGAGAGCACUCGCUGUCGGAUGCGCCUCAGCGUCUCUGACACGGGGAUCGGCAUCAAUGAGAAGGACCAGGUGCGUAUCUUUGCUCCGUUCACGCAGGUGGAUGGGUCUUCCAUCCGCAACUACGGCGGGUCGGGGUUGGGGCUGGCGAUCACCAGGCAUCUGGUCGAUUGCUUCGGCAGCAAGCUGCAAGUGGAGAGCGAGUUCGGCCGCGGCAGCCAUUUUUGGUUCGACAUCACGCUCCCGAUCCCCGAAAAGAAGCAGGCGAAAUCAGAACACGUUGCCGAUCAGCUGAGCGGGCUGUCGGCCCUUGUCGUGGACGAUAACACCGCUAGUCGGUCGGCCUUAGCGGAACAACUCGGCGCGUGGGGGAUGAAUGCCGACACGGUCGAUUCGGGCGACGAGGCGCUGCGGAAGCUCCGCCGAUCCGCGGACGCCGGCAAUCCUUACGACCUCGCCAUCAUCGACGCCCAGAUGCCAGGGAUGGACGGCUUUUCGGUCGUCUCCCACAUCGAGGGCGAGCGGACGAUCAAGACCAAGCCGAUCUUGAUGUCUUCAACAAUCGACCGCCUGGAGUUCAGCCGCCGCUGCGCGGAGGCCGGCGCGACGGCGUUUGUAUCCAAGCCCAUCAGCCAGUCGCAGCUCUUCAACGCCGUUACGCAGGCGACGGGCGCCGCGGCGCUGGAGGGAGAAUCUCGGCUGGGGCUGUACGAUCGCCCCCACGCGGCGCCACGGCGCGUGCUGCUGGUGGAGGACACGCCCGCCAACCGCAAGGUGGUCCAGCGGGUGCUCCAGCGACGCGGGCAUGAGGUGAUCGUCGCCGUGAACGGCAGCGAAGCGAUCGAGGCCUUCAAGAGUGGCGCCUACGACCUCGUCCUGAUGGACGUGCAGAUGCCGAUCAUGGAUGGGUUGCAGGCCACCGAGGCUAUCCGCGAUCUCGAACGAGAAGAGUCGCGUCAGCCAACGCGCAUCCUGGCGAUGACGGCUCACAACUUGCGUGGCGACCGUGAGCGUUGUCGUCGGGCGGGCAUGAAUGGAUACUUGGCGAAGCCCUUGGACCUCGCCGAGCUGCUUGACCUUGUCGAAAGCGAGGAGGAUUCCCCGCGCAUGGAACCUCCCACUCCCGCCGCCGACCUGCCGACCGCCCUCGCGCGGCUGCGAGACGACAAGGGCCUGCUGUGCGACAUGAUCGGCUUCUUCCUCGAGGACUCGCCGCGGCUGCGCGAGACGCUGCGGGAGAGCCACCAAGCGGGGGACUACGCCACGCUCCACCGCACAGCGCACAGCCUCAAAGGCCUGGCGGCGAACUUCGACGCUCAUGCGGCAAUCGAAGCGGCGCGUGAUCUCGAAGACGCCGCCAAGAACGAAGAAGCCGACGCGAUCCCGGCCCUCCUGGAUCGGGUGGAUAACACUUGCGACGAGCUG